AGAUUUCAACACCAAGCCCCGACGUCACCUGGUGUGAUCAUCAAAAUGACCAUAAUGCACUGGGCCCAUGGGAUCCAAAGGCAGACCCGGGGAAUUAAGAUAAAUGCAGCGUUCAACAUUUUGUUUCCGCCGGACAGGACGAAUGUCAUAGGAUGAACACUGCUGGUGGGGUGUGUCUGUCUGUGCUGUCCUCUCUCCUGGCUGUGGCUGGGGCCCUGGCUGCCUUGUCUGCCCUCGCUCUAGCUCCGCUCGCUGCCCUGGCUGAGGCCGCCCAUGGGGCUGCCGACGGCGUCCCCAGCACCGGGGCAGAGGGGGCCCCCUCGCCCGUCUCCUCGCCGUGCUCCAGCCUCGUAGCCGGGGUGCUCUAUGGCUCUUUCUCCCUAAGGGAGCUCUUUCCCUCCAGGGCGCCGGGCUGUUCCUGGUCCCUGGAAAACCCCGAUCCCACCAAGUACUCCCUCUACCUCCGCUUCACCCGCCACCCCGUCAUCUGCCGGACGCAUUCCCCCAUGCUCCUUUCCCUCGACCACCACCUGGCCAAUCAAAGCUGUCCCCCUCACUUACAGACGUCCGCCACCGCCAGGGAUCAGGAAGUCAUCGAUCUGUGUGGCAGCCAAUCCAACUCAGAGGGACCGUACUCUUUCCUCCAGUUCGAUAAGAACUUUGUCCAGCUGUGUCUAACGAGACAUCCGGCUGCGGACGAGCCUCAGGUAUCUAAGGAAUUGCUGGAGCUGAGACUGGUAGAGGUGUUGCUCAUCAACAACGAGAACUCCAGUCAGUUUACCUGCGGCGUGCUCUGCCGAUGGUUCGAGGAGUGUUUACGCACGGGUCACAAUGGAGACCAGGUGGUUUCUGACGGAGACGGUUGCGGGAUGACCCAGACGGGAUGUAUCUGUCCGAACCACAACAUCAUGGCGCCGCCUGUUCCGUUGCUCCCGGAGACGCCCCACAGUUUCAGCAACGGUUCGUUCGUUCCUGAUGACUGCUGUGUCACCGAGUUGCACUCCAACGAAGCAAUCGCCAUAGCGCCCAGGGAUGUUCGACAAGACCCAUAUGAUGACGACGAUCUGAAGGUGAAGACCCAGAGACCUCGAUCAGCUGACCAGCCAGGUGUGUUUCAGGCACAAACUGGUGACCCCGCGGCGGAGGAGUGGUCACAGUGGAGCGUGUGUUCUCUCACGUGUGGGCAAGGCUGGCAAGUGAGGACGCGAUCGUGCAUUUCUUCUCCCUACGGGACGCUGUGCAGCGGAGCCCUGCGGGAAACGCGCAUGUGCAACAACACCGCUUCCUGUCCAGGUGAACCUGGGAUCACGGGCUCAGUGCAUGGGCUGUGGGAGGAGUGGUCGUUAUGGAGUCUGUGCUCUGUGACCUGUGGGCGGGGCUCCAGGACGCGAACGAGGAAGUGUGUGAACGGAGGCGAGGCCGUGGCUUGUGGACGGCCCGAGAUUCAGACCAAACUCUGCAACAUAGCAGUGUGUCCUGUGGAGGGCCAGUGGUUAGAGUGGGGGCCUUGGUCGAGAUGCAGUGUGACCUGUAACACGGGCACCCAGCAGAGGCAGAGACGCUGCAGUGCGUCGGUGCACAGCUGGGCUGAAUGUAAGGGCACCCAUCAGGAGAGCAGAGACUGCACCAACCCUUCCUGCAGUGGUGGAGGUAACUGGGGCAAUUGGAGCCACUGGAAUAUCUGCAGCAAAACAUGCGACUCUGGUUGGCAGCGUCGCAUCAGGAUGUGCGAGGGCACCGGAGUACAGGGCUACCCCUGCGAUGGCUCGGGAGAGGAGGUCCGCUCCUGUAAUGAGAAGAAGUGCCCUGCUCCUCAUGAGAUAUGUAAAGAAGAGCACCUUCUCGCUAUGACAUGGAAGAGAGCUUCAGCUGGAGAAACCGUCUACAGCAAGUGUCCAACUAACGCCACUGGAUCUGCUAGUCGUCGUUGCAUGCUGGACAAUAAUGGAGUUGCUUUCUGGGGUCCUCCGAGCUUCGCCAGAUGCGUCUCACUUGAAUAUAGAUAUUUACAUUUAUCCUUACGAGAGCAUCUCGCGAAGGGUCAGAGGACCCUGGCCGGGGAGGGCAUGUCUCAGAUCGUAAGGAGUCUCCUGGAGCUCUUGCAGAGGAGGAGCUACUACAGUGGCGACCUUCUCUUUUCCACGGAGAUCCUGCGAAAUGUGACGGACACCUUCAAAAGAGCAACCUACAUCCCACAUCCCGACGACGUGCAGAAAUUCUUCCAGGUAAUCAGCCUCAUGUUGGACAUGGACAAUCUAGAGAGAUGGGAGGACGCCCACCAGGUCACUCCCGGUGCCGCUUGGCUGAUGAGGAUAUUAGAAGAUUUCAUUCACCUCAUCGGAGAAGCCCAGAAGCCUUUCCAGAGUUUCCUGGUGGUUACCAACAACCUCAUGAUAACCGUCCAGCGAGAGCCGGUGUCAGCCGUUUCCAGCGAUAUCAACUUCCCCAUGAAGGGUCGGAGAGGGAUGAAGGACUGGGCCAGAACAGCGGAGGACAAGCUCUACAUCCCUAAAGAGGUCUUCACCGCCCCAGCUGAAGAGACAGAGACGGAGUCAGAGACUCCAAUGUACUAUGUCAUCGGAGCCAUCUUGUACAGGACGUUGGGCGUCAUCUUACCAGCACCAAACCCCCCUGCGGUGAUCAACUCCAAGAUCCUGACAGUGACGGUACGACCGGAACCACAACCCAGCAAACCCAUGGUGGUGGUGGAGCUGUCACCGCUUUUUAAUGGUACAUCAGAUCCACAGUGCGUCGUCUGGGACUAUGGCAACCUGGAAGCUGGCGCAGAAAACUGGGGCACAGAAGGCUGCCAAACGCUCGCGUCAACCACUGUCCACACCAAAUGCCUGUGCAGCAGGAUAUCCACCUACGCCGUGUUAGCGCAGCAAGCUAAAGACCCGGACAUGGGUCCUGUCAGCAUGCCCUCUGUGCCCCUCAUGGUGGGCUGUGGGGUCUCCUGCACCGCUCUGCUCAUCCUGCUGCUAAUCUACGCUGCCUUCUGGAGGUACAUACGUUCGGAGAGAUCCAUCAUCUUGGUGAACUUUUGCCUCUCCAUCUUGGCCUCCAACUUAUUGAUUUUGGUGGGACAAUCUCAAACGCUCAGCAAGGGCCUCUGUACUGUGACUGCCGCCUUCCUGCACUUCUUCUUCUUGGCGUCCUUCUGCUGGGUGCUGACGGAGGCGUGGCAGUCCUAUCUGGCCGUCAUUGGCAAAAUGAGGUCACGACUCAUUCGCAAGCGUUUCCUGUGCCUCGGCUGGGGUCUUCCAGCCCUCGUUGUAGCAGUGUCGGUGGGUUUCACCAGAGCGAGAGGUUACGGCACAGCCAGCUAUUGUUGGUUGUCCUUGGAGGGCGGUCUGCUUUAUGCCUUCGUUGGACCUGCUGCUGUCAUCGUAUUGGUCAAUAUGCUCAUCGGAAUCGUGGUGUUCAACAAGCUCAUGUCUCGAGACGGCAUCUCAGACAAGUCUAAAAAGCAGCGAGCGGGUGUCCCAGCGGAGGCGCGUAGCCGACUGCUCCUGAAAUGCUCCAAGUGUGGCGUGAUCUCGAGCACCGCUCUGUCCAGCUCGACUGCCAGCAGCGCCAUGGCGUCUCUGUGGAGCUCCUGCGUGGUUCUACCCCUGUUAGCAUUAACCUGGAUGUCAGCGGUGCUGGCCAUAACCGACCGGCGCUCCACGCUCUUCCAGGUCCUCUUUGCCGUCUUCGACUCCGUACAAGGUUUUGUCAUCAUCACCGUCCACUGUGCGAUGCGCCGAGAGGUGCAGGACGCGGUGCGCUGUAGGAUGGGUGGAUGUAAAGACGACAGCGAAAACUCGCCAGACUCCUGCAAGAAUGGACAGGUGCAGAUCAUGACGGAUUUUGAGAAGGAUGUGGACUUGGCAUGUCAAACAGAGAGAGGACACCCAUUCAUAUUCAAGGAGGUGAACACCUGUAACCCGGCCACCAUCACUGGGACCCUUUCCCGCAUCUCCCUGGAUGACGAGGACGAUCCCAAGCUGGCAGCCCAUCAGGAGGGGGGAGUCGGGGUCAACUUCAGCUCCCUCCCUGGCAACAUCCCCCCUCCCAACCUCAUCGUACAGGUUCCGACCCUCGGCGGCCUCAACGAGCUGAGCGAGACGCCCCUAAAGAAGGAGUCGAACGUAGAUCAGCAAAGACAACAGGGGCAGCAACGCGGCGGCGCUCCGAUCUACCUGUGCACCGAGAGUGGCCUGGGCUGGGCUCGACCGCCCACGUCCUCCAACACCUCCCAGGACGGAAGUGCCGGAAGCGGGGGGAGCGGAGGGGGAGGGAGCGGAGGAGGCGGGGAGGGAGACUACAUGGUCUUACCUCGUAGGACGGUCAGUCUCAAACCUCCAGCGCCCUCCUCCCAAGGAGGCGGCCUGGGACUGGGGUGCGAGGACAAGCCUCUCAACAUCGCAGUGGAGGACCCUCCGUUCCCCCCGCCUCCCUCACCCUUGACCCUCCACCCUGCCGAGAGCGAGGCGUACCCGGCGGAUUUUGUGCCGUCGAGCGUGGGCGACAUGAACAUUGCCAUGAACCUCAACCGCUCCUACGGGACGAUCAAAACCAUGCCCCACGGGCACAGCCACAUGAUGGCUCAGGCCGGUCUUGUACACUCCCACGGAGGACACAUGCACUCCCACGGGCAUUCGCUGCAGCUGAAGCCGGGCCAGAGGCCGUCGGUCAGACAGAUCCUGACAGGGGGAACCUCAGUGGAGAGAACCAGGACCCUGCCACGCAACCUGGGCAGCACCAAUGCCAACAGCAGCCUCUCAGCAGGAUCCCUGGAGAGGAAAAGAGUACGGUACUCUGAGCUGGACUUCGAGAAAGUGAUGCACACUCGCAAAAGACAUUCUGAGCUGUACCAUGAGCUCAACCACUCGUCCAAGUUCCACACCAUAGACAGGUAUAGCAGGGACCCAGCCAUGUCCACAUUCAAGAGGGAAAAGCGAUGGAGCAUUUCGUCUGCCGGAGGUGAAAAGAACUCGUCGAGUGACAAGUCAACCCCGGAGGACCAGAGCUCCUGGGACAGCUUCAAGACCAUGACCCCCGAGCUGUCCAUCGUGCCUGGGGAGCAGAAGGACCGGAUGGAGCUGCACAAUAAGAACUGGGACUCGUCCUCCGCUAACACGCCCGACUCGUCCGAGGGAGACUUCCAGACUGAAGUGUGAAGACACGCACACACGUACACGCACUCACUUGAAUACACUACGUGCUCACGCCGAGACGAACUUCUGAAAAAGCUAUACAUAAAGUACAUGAUUUCUCGCAAAGAUCUCUCACACACACACACACACACUGCUACCCGUCUCCUGCAACGUGCUCUGUCGGAUCCCAUACUGUAUUUGUUUACUGCUGCAGUGGACAGACAUAGAAAGAAGACUGUUCUACCCUAUAUUUUCGCAAAGACUAUUGAAAAAGAAAGAACAGGGGCUCGACACGUCUGGGAAAAUUUUUAAAUGAACUUAAAAAAAAAAACUAUGAAAAACUUAUUUCUGAGAAAAAUGUCUUGAUUUUAUUCUGGAGAAAAAAAAAGAAAAUCUCUUUCAAUUGUUUGAUGAUUUGGGGGGGAGAAAAAGAAAAAGAAUAUUUCUGCACCGUUCAGUUCUUUUUAUAGCAAGGGGAAAAAAAUCUCACUGAGGUUUCUCACACUGGUAGCCCCCCUAGGCACCCUGCUUUCAUUUAUUUCCUUUUCCCUUCUAAUGGAUGACGGCGGCUUUCUAUCUCUCAGUCUUUCCUUUUUUAUUUAAAUUUUUUCCUUUUUGUCAUUUUGGAUGCAAAGAAGGAUGGGGGACGGGGAAGAGCUGCUCAUUGAUAUGUGCCAUCCUCUCUGCUUUUUUCAGGUUCCAGUUCAACAAUCCCAUCCAUCCAUUCCUCUCACAUCCUCUGUGUCAACAUGGUAUUCCCCCCUUUUUUUUGUGUACUUUCUAUGGUUUAGUUUAAAAAAAAAUGUCCACCUCUAUGGCUUUUAAUGAAAACAAA